AUGGCUGCAACCUGUGAGAUUAGCAACGUUUUUAGCAACUACUUCAGUACGAUGUACAGCUCGGAGGACCCCAAUCUGGCCUCUGUUCCCCCUGCCGCCGCCUUCGGGGCUGAUGACCUGGUGCUGGCGCUCAGCAGCCCGCAGAUGUCCCUGGAGGGCACAGAGAAGGCCAGCUGGUUGGGGGAGCAGCCCCAGCUCUGGUCCAAGGCCCAGGUCCUGGACUGGAUCAGCUACCAAGUGGAGAAGCACAAGUACGACGCCAGCACCAUCGACCUCUCGCGCUGUGACAUGGACGGGGCCGCGCUCUGCCGCUGCGCCCCUGAGGAGCUGCGCCUGGUCUUUGGGCCCCUGGGGGACCAGCUGUACUCCCAGCUGUGGGACCUCACUUCCAGCUUCCCCGACGAGCUCAGCUGGAUCAUGGAGCUUCUGGAGAAGGACAGCAUGGCACUUCAGCAGCCCCUGGGGGACCAGGGCCCCUUUGACCAGGGAAGCCCCUUUGCCCAGGAGAUGCUUGAGGACUGCAGACAGGCCAGCCCCUUCUACCCAGGCAGCUUCGGCACGGGGGCCCCCUCCCCGGGCAGCUCUGAUGUCUCCACCGCAGGGACUGGCGCUUCUCAGAGCCCCCAGGCCUCAGACUCCGGUGGAAGCGACGUGGACCUGGACGCCCCAGACAGCAAGCUCUUCUCUGGGGACGGCUUUCCCGACUAUAAGAAGGAGGACCUUAAGCACGGGAAGCGGAAACGGGGCCGGCCCCGAAAGCUGAGUAAAGACUCCCGGGAGUGUCUUGAGGGCAAGAAGAGCAAGCACGCCCCCAGAGGCACCCACCUGUGGGAGUUCAUCCGUGACAUCCUCAUCCACCCGGAGCUCAACGAGGGCCUCAUGAAGUGGGAGAACCGGCAAGAGGGCGUCUUCAAGUUCCUGCGCUCGGAGGCUGUGGCCCAGCUCUGGGGCCAGAAGAAGAAGAACAGCAGCAUGACCUAUGAGAAGCUGAGCAGGGCCAUGAGGUACUACUACAAACGGGAGAUCCUGGAGCGGGUGGACGGCCGGCGGCUUGUCUACAAGUUCGGCAAAAACUCCAGUGGCUGGAAGGAGGAGGAGGUGGCCGGGCAUAGGAACUGA